AUGACACGCUGUUGGUCUGUUGAAGGUAGAUGUUUAGCUAAAGGCUGUUGGUCUGUUGAAGGUAGCUGUUUAGCUAAAGGCUGUUGGUCUGUUGAAGGUAGCUGUUUAGCUAAAGGCUGUUGGUCUGUUGAAGGUAGAUGUUUAGCUAAAGGCUGUUGGUCUGUUGAAGGUAGCUGUUUAGCUAAAGGCUGUUGGUCUGUUGAAGGUAGAUGUUUAGCUAAAGGCUGUUGGUCUGUUGAAGGUAGCUGUUUAGCUAAAGGCUGUUGGUCUGUUGAAGGUAGCUGUUUAGCUAAAGGCUGUUGGUCUGUUGAAGUUAGAUGUUUAGCUAAAGGCUGUUGGUCUGUUGAAGGUAGAUGUUUAGCUAAAGGCUGUUGGUCUGUUGAAGGUAGAUGUUUAGCUAAAGGCUGUUGGUCUGUUGAAGGUAGCUGUUUAGCUAAAGGCUGUUGGUCUGUUGAAGGUAGAUGUUUAGCUAAAGGCUGUUGGUCUGUUGAAGAUAGAUGUUUAGCUAAAGGCUGUUGGUCUGUUGAAGGUAGCUGUUUAGCUAAAGGCUGUUGGUCUGUUGAAGGUAGAUGUUUAGCUAAAGGCUGUUGGUCUGUUGAAGGUAGAUGUUUAGCUAAAGGCUGUUGGUCUGUUGAAGGUAGAUGUUUAGCUAAAGGCUGUUGGUCUGUUGAAGGUAGCUGUUUAGCUAAAGGCUGUUGGUCUGUUGAAGGCAGCUGUUUAGCUAAAGGCUGUUGGUCUGUUGAAGGUAGAUGUUUAGCUAAAGGCUGUUGGUCUGUUGAAGGUAGAUGUUUAGCUAAAGGCUGUUGGUCUGUUGAAGGUAGCUGUUUAGCUAAAGGCUGUUGGUCUGUUGAAGGUAGCUGUUUAGCUAAAGGCUGUUGGUCUGUUGAAGGUAGCUGUUUAGCUAAAGGCUGUUGGUCUGUUGAAGGUAGAUGUUUAGCUAAAGGCUGUUGGUCUGUUGAAGGUAGAUGUUUAGCUAAAGGCUGUUGAUCUGUUGAAGGUAGAUGUUUAGCUAAAGGCUGUUGGUCUGUUGAAGGUAGAUGUUUAGCUAAAGGCUGUUGGUCUGUUGAAGGUAGAUGUUUAGCUAAAGGCUGUUGAAGGUAGAUGUUUAGCUAAAGGCUGUUGGUCUGUUGAAGGUAGAUGUUUAGCUAAAGGC